GUCCCCUCGUCCACCGUCGAGUCGAUCCCUCCGCCUCGCCCAGUUGCCUUGCUCUCGUGCUCUCCACCCGCUUCCGCUUCCCCGCAAAACCCUAGCCCCGCCACAUGCACCGCGGCGGCGGCGACCGCUCCGGAGGCCGGUUUCAGCGGGGCCCCUCUCGCUGGUCCAGCGGCGGCGGAGGCGGCGGUGGCGGAGGAGGAGGUAGCCCACCCCACCGCUACUCCCGCGGCGGGGAGGAAGGCGGUGGCGGUGGCGGGAGGUUCCACCCGUACCGUGGCUCUUCCGACUAUUCUGGCGGCGGUGGCGGGGGUGGAGGGUACAGAGGCGGUGGCGGUGUGGACGACUUCGGCAAGCAGAGGCACCGGUACGGCGGCGGUAACCGAGGCGGAGGCCGUGGGGAUUUCCAAGAUCAUGAUAGCAGAAGUAAUUAUGUCAAACUUUUUGUUGGCUCUGUUCCGAGGACAGCAACUGAAGAAGAUGUCCGUCCUUUAUUUGAGGAACAUGGAGAUGUUCUUGAAGUUGCUUUAAUCAAGGAUAGGAAGACUGGUGAACAGCAAGGUUGUUGUUUUGUUAAAUAUGCUACUUCGGAGGAGGCAGAUAGGGCCAUCAGGGGUCUUCACAACCAAUACACUUUACCUGGAGCGAUGGGUCCUGUUCAAGUUAGAUAUGCUGAUGGCGAAAGGGAACGACAUGGGGCCAUUGAGCACAAAUUAUUUGUUGCGUCCCUCAAUAAGCAAGCAACUCCAAAGGAGAUUGAAGAGAUCUUUGCUCCAUAUGGUCAUGUGGAAGAUGUUUACAUUAUGAGAGAUGGCAUGAGGCAGAGCCGAGGUUGUGGAUUUGUCAAAUUCUCAUCAAAAGAGCCAGCAGUGGCAGCUAUGAAUGCCCUUAGUGGGACUUACAUAAUGAGGGGGUGCGAGCAACCAUUAGUCAUAAGAUUUGCUGAUCCUAAGAGGCCUAGACCUGGAGAAUCGAGGGGUGGCCCUGCAUUUGGAGGUCCUGGUUUCAGUCCUCGAUCAGAUGCAGCCCUUGUUAUCAGGCCAACAGCCAAUCUUGAUGAACCAAGGGGUCGGCACAUGCCUUCUGACUCUUGGCGUCCAUCAAGUCCAAGGUCAAUGGCAUCUAAUCAAUACAAUAAUUUUGGAUCUGACAAUCCCUUGGCGCUUGGUGGUGCUGUAACAUCAGCAGAUACUGCUGGUUUUCGACCUCCGAUGUUUCCUGGAAAUGGCUCCUUAUCAACUCAGACAGCUGUGCCAACUUCAUCGCAUGUGGGCAUGAACCCUCCCAUGGUACAAGGGCAUCAUCUGGGAAGCCAACAGAUCCCACCCAUGCAAAAGCCACCUGGUCCACCACAGAACUUCCCCGUACAAUUGCAGAAUGCUCAGCAAGGACAGCCCCUGCAGGGAUCUAUUCAACAGAUUGGGCAGCUUCAGGUUCCGCAAUCCACAGGACCUGUUUCAUAUGGCCAGAAUAUGCCAUCUAUGCAAUUACCUGGCCAACCUCCAGCAUCACAGCCAUUGAUGCAACAGAAUGCUUCUCUAGGUGCUUUACAGGCUCCUUCAUCUGUACAGUCCAAUCCCAUGCAGGGCCAGCAGCAACUUCCCACCAGUGUUGCUCCCCAAAUGCUCCAGCAGUCAAUGCAGCAGAUGCCUUCACAAGCACCACAGUUGCUGCUUCAACAGCAGGCAGCUUUGCAGUCUAGUUACCAGUCUUCACAGCAAGCGAUUUAUCAGUUGCAGCAACAGCUGCAACUAAUGCAGCAGCAAACUAACCUAAAUCAGCAACCCCCAGCACAGGUUCCUAAACAGCAGGUUGGUUCACCUGCAGUGUCUUCAACCUGCAACUGGACAGAGCAUACGUCCCCUGAAGGUUUUAAGUACUACUACAAUAGCGUUACUCGUGAGAGUAAGUGGGAGAAGCCUGAAGAGUUUGUGCUGUAUGAGCAGCAACAGCAGAAACUGCUUUUGCUUCAACAGCACCAACAAAAGAUUGCAGCACAGCAACUGCAGUCACCACCACAGGGUCAGUCUCUUCCAUCCAUGCAACCGAUUCAACAACUUUCCCAGGCACAAGGACAAACACAAAUGCCGAUGAAACAGCAGGAAUUAAAUUACUCUCAAUUACAGGCAGCUGGUUCCAUUGACCCCAGCAGGAUUCAGCAGGGCAUUCAAGCUGCUCAAGAACGUGCUUGGAAAAGUUAGGGCAGCAGGUCAUGAUUACAAAGAGCUAGUCAAGACUCGGAAUUGAGCUGUCCCCGUGCUGUCCAUCUGUAACAACAGCUAGCCUGCAUAGCCAGGCGCCCAUCCCGAUCAGUGUAACUCUGGAUUUAGAUUAGACUGAUAUGUAGAUGGUAGAUCCUGUAUGUGUACAUCGUUGUGACCUAGGCCAUGUAUCCCUUGUUAGCGAUUCAUGUUCUCCAGCGGGUUGGUACUCCCACGCAGGAGCUGCCGGAGGUCGUUUCCUGGGUCCCAUUCGUUUGUGUUUUCCUUACCAUUGUGGCAUGAUUUGUGAUGUUCCGUGCGUCGUGGCAGUACAAUUGGCGCUGUGAUUGUUUUUGCU